AUGUCUGACAGGGUGGUGAGAAGUUCAAGGUCUGGUAGAUUUUUAGAUUGGAAGGCUCUGAAUGCGUGUGGCUCGGCUGGUGGCAUCCUGAUUUGUUGGGAUAAAAGAGUUCUGGAUUUGUUGGAGUGGGAGGAGGGUCAAUUUUCUUUAUCCUGCAGAUUCAGGACAGUGGAGAAUGGGGUGAUUUGGGCUUUUACGGGUGUAUAUGGCCCGUUUACUAGAAUUGAGAUGGAGUGUUUGUGGGAAGAAGUUGGGACGAUCAGAGGAAUUUGGGAGGGGUCUUGGUGCCUUGGAGGUAAUUUCAACAUCACCAUGGCUCAAAGUGAAAGAAGCAGGCAAGGGAGAAUAACCUCAGCUAUGAGGAGGUUUGUGGAAGUUGUAGACGAACUAGGUCUUGUGGACUUACAACUGCAAGGGGGAGCCUUCACGUGGAGUGGGGGUCUGAAUAAUUUCUCAAGGGCUAGGCUAGAUAGAUUCCUGAUCUCUUCCUGCUGGCUUGAUCAGUUUAGUAGGGUGAGUCAACGAAGGUUGCCUAGGCCGACUUCGGACCACUUCCCAAUGUUACUUGAGGGGGGUAGCUUGAGGAGAGGGCCUGCCCCUUUCAGAUUCGAAAACAUGUGGUUCAAAGUUGAGGGGUUCAAGGACUUAAUCCGUAAUUGGUGGCGGGGGAUUGAGGUCAGUGGCAGCGCCAAUUUCAGAUUGUCUGUGAAAUUGAAGGAGUUGAAGCAGAAGCUUAAAGUUUGGAAUAGGGAGGAGUUCGGAAAUCUGGAAUGUAACAAGGAGGCUGCGCUCCACCAGGUGGAGUAUUGGGAUAGAGUGGAGGAUGAGAGAAGUUUGACAAUGGAGGAAUUAGCUUGUAAGAAGGAAGCCAAGGAGGGUUAUGCCAAGUGGGUAGAUCUGGAAGAAACUCACUGGAGGCAGGUGUCAAGGGAAUUAUGGUUAAAGGCAGGGGAUAGAAACACGGGAUACUUCCACCGUAUGGCUUCUGCCCAUAGAAGAGUCAACUUCAUGGACAGAAUUAAGAUUAAUGGGAUUAGGCUGACAGGGGAGCGUGAAAUUAAAGAAGGGGUAGCGAAUGCCUUUCAACAUCAAUUCUCAAAAAGUUCGGGGUGGGAGGCGGACAUUGGAAGCCUUCCUUUUAAUCAAAUUUGCUUGUAA